AUGGGGCCUGAGACAUCUGUGGUCAUACUGGAAAAGCUGGCCAACAUGAGCCAACCGCUGCUACAUUGCCUAAUCAAGUCCGACACAUGCCUGACAGGUCAGACAAGAACCGUCAUUAGACCUGGUAUCACACAUUUGAACAUGGCUAUGGUAAACAAGGUUUAUGAAAGUCUACUCAGAGCUAUAAAAAUGGAAAGACCUACUUGAGAAACCUAUUUUUAUUGUCAGUAAAUGUGAGCACAGAGCUAGUAGUAGAAGCAUAAUUUACAAUCCUUUUUUGGUUAUUUCAUUAAUUCAAAUAACUGGAAAUCGUGCUGACUGUUGCUUACACCUUUGAGUGUCUCUAGAGUGUAUGGGACAUAUUUCCCGGUGAUCCCUCCACAGUGGCGUGCCGUCUCCGGAGAUGUACCGCCAGUGUCUGCUGGCCGGCUGCCGUUGCCUGGAGCUGGACUGCUGGAAGGGAAAACCACCGGAUGAAGAACCCAUCACCCACGGAUUCACCAUGACAACCAAGAUCCUGUUCAAGGUCAGGUGUCAGUCAGCCCUCAUAUCUCUGUGCCAGGCAGUGCAGUGGUGCUGAAGUAAACCAAUUAUUCACCCAUUUUCAACGGAAUAUGCAACCUAUGUUGGGGUAUUCUAGCCCUAGUCCUAACACUUACCCUAAUGCUAUAUUGGACCUCAAUGCUAGAGAAUAGUCCUAUUGAUCCAAUAUGGUGUGUGCCAAACAAAGACAAAGCAUCUAGCUAAUGUAGACCAUUGACCCAUUGUCGACCCCUCUUGUAGUCCCCAUAAACACAUCCCUCAUUCAUUAAGACUCAUAGACAUUUACGUCAUUUAGCAGACGCUCUUAUCCAGAGCGACUUACAAAUUGGUGCAUUCACCUUAUAGCCAGUGGGAUAACCACUUUACAAUAUGUUUUAGAGUGUUACAACAGUAGUCCAGACCCCAGCGCCUACAGAAACAGUGUACCAGGAAGUGGCCCCUGCUUUACAUCUCACAGUGACAGCUUCCUUUGUGGCUCUGCCAGCAGGUGUCCAUUGAGACACAAUGCAGUGUCAUAUUGGGCCUGGGCACUGGAGCAUGCGUGCAGCACAGCAGCCUCUCCACGCCACACCACACCACACAUCCCCUGGCCCCCUCACUCAACACUGCCAUUUAAGGGUACCCAGAGCUCCGCUAUAACUGGCACACAGACCAAACUGUCCCUGUUUGCAAUGAGAGAAGGUCACAAGUGUUUCCUUAAAAGCUGUCUGGGUUUUAAAAUAUUAUAUUGUACUGAAAGUGAAUAGCUUAAUCAAUUGAUAGUGACAGAAUUGGAUUACUUCCCAAGCAAAGUCAAUGUUUUGUCUCCUAGGCUAUAGGUUGUAGCUCAUUCUCUGAAUGUCAAAGAAACGAAACAAUGAUAUCCUCAAAUGCAUUGGAGUCUUUUUCCCGGGUAUUUUACAGCUUGUUUCUAGCAUAAAGCAUUGCUGACCAAAGCGUUGUUAUAGAUCACUUUAUAUCAUCGGAUUCGUUCUAUUUUCCUCAAUCUUAAGCUAACAAGGGGUAGGCCUGUGCUUUUUGCCAUUUUCUUUAAUAAAAGGUAGGCCUAUGGCAUACCAUCUCAUACCCCCUCAAUUUGAGUCUUGGUUUUAACUGAACAGCCCUUCACUGACAAAGAGGUAGGCUAUUUAAAGAGUGCAUGGUGGGUGGCGGAAUUGACUGACAAAUCUAUGGAUAUAGCAGCAUAUAGCCUAAUUUUGUCUGUCAAACAGGUAGGCCUACCUCUUAUUUCUUAAAUAGGAAGAAAUAGGCUCCAAUGCAAAGCCUUCUUGUUGUUAGUAAAGUCUAAUUAAAAUGAAGACUUUGAAAUGAAUUAUGCCUGCUCGGAUUUGCCUACUUUCAGCACCAUGAGCUGUCCAUUUCCAAUUGAUUGUGCCACGGCUGCUGCUUCAAGUUUCAGCACCACAAUGUAACUUACUAGAAUCUGGCUUAUUGUGAGGUCAAUGACUCUGAUCAAUAGGCCUACAUCAUGGGCAAGAAACAUAUUGUUUUUAAUCAAAUCAAUUAUAGUAGUAGCAAGCUAUCAAAGUUGACCUCUGGUCCUCCUUCUCAUCUUCACACCCUCCUUCUCAAACUGAACAGAACACAGACUAUAGGCUAGUCCUUGCGCAAGAUAGGGAAUUUUUGGGACUAGGCCUAAUCAAAAAUUAUUUCCGGAACAAGUCUUUGACUCUCUUCCUGAACUGCCAACGUAGGCCUACACAGCACAGCCAUUGGUUAGGCAGCACACACAAACGUUUUUGAUCAGCAAGAGCAGAGCAGGGCUCAGGGUUACAAUAUACAUUGCAGGGUGUAAUGAGCCUAGUUUUAUUUACACCAUCCCAGCAGCUAUCUUAGAAAAUGUACUUUGCUCUGUGCUUUUCCGAGCAUGCACUUUGUAGCCUAUAGGCUAUAGGCUAUGGAUCAUUUGACUGAGACCACACUAAAUAGCCUAUAGGCUCACUUGAUAUUGCGUGCCCAACAGAGAAUCAGAGAUGAGGGGCGACAUCGGGCACACAUCAAUAUAUAACAUAAUAAGCAACUAAUUCUAAAACACUGAGAAAUACUGAAAUGUAAUCAAUUACAAAUUACAUGACCUUCUCCUGGACUAGAUUGAAAAAAACACUAAACUCUCCCCUUGACUGAAAUUGAAAAAGAAUGAUCCUCCACCAUUUUCUUCCAGGUACCCAUUAUGUAAAUGUCGAUCCAUCCCUUAGUUAGGUCUGAGAGUUGUGUUGAUACUGCCAGUCAUCCUGUUUGUCUACUUAGUAUGUCCCAGAGUCCAGUAGAUGAUUGGUCUGUCUGUUUUUCUGUGUGACAGGAUGUGAUUGAGGCCAUCCCAGAGAGCGCUUUCAAAACCUCCCAGUACCCAGUCAUCCUCUCCUUUGAGAACCACAUAGACUCGUAAAACACUACAUUUCACUCCUCUUUUCAGAUUAAAACAUGGUUUGACUUUAACCAAAAGCAGGGCCACUACUAUCACAAAUACUUAUUUGUAUGCUCUUCAUAAUAUGAUCCCACAGACGUCAAUUUAACGUCUACUCCACGUUGGUUCAACAUAAUUUCAUUGAAAUGACGUGGAAACAACGUUGAUUCAAACAGUGUGUGCCCAGUGGGAUGUGACUUUUUAUAUAAUCUGAUUGAGCCUGUAACCUGCAUGUAGACAUUAAGGGAUCAUUAUAUAAGCUAUAUUGUGUUUUUCCAGCGUGAAGCAGCAGGAGAAAAUGGCUAACUAUUGUAAAACCAAAUCUGGAGAUAUGCUGCUAACGGAUCCUCUGGACAAGUACCCUGUGAGUGGGAUUGUCUGUCAGGAACUGACAGGUCCCUUUGUCUGAGUCAUACAGUUGAAGUCGGAAGUUUACAUACACUUAGGUUGGAGUCAUUAAAACUCGUUUUUCAACCACUCCACAAAUGUCUUGUUAACAAACUGUGGUUUUGGCAAGUCGGUUAGGACAUCUACUUUGUGCAUGACACAAGUAAUUUUUCUAACAAUUAUUUACAGACAGAUUAUUUCACUUAUAAUUCACUGAAUCACAAUUCCAGUGGGUCAGAAGUUUACAUACGCUAAGUUGACUGUGCCUUUAAACAGCUUUGAAAAUUCCAGAAAACGAUGUCAAGGCUUUAGAAGCUUCUGAUAGGCUAAUUGACAUCAUUUGAGUGAAUUGGAGGUGUACCUGUGGAUGUAUUUCAAGGCCUACCUUCAAACUCAGUGCCUCUUUGCUUGACAUCAUGGGAAAAGAAAAGAAAUCAGCCAAGACUUCAGAAAAUAAACUGUAGCCCUCCACAAGUGUGGUUCAUCCUUGGGAGCAAUUUCCAAACACCUGAAGGUACCACGUUCAUCUGUACAAACAAUAGUACGCAAGUAUAAACACCAUGGGACCACGCAGCCGUCAUACCGCUCAGGAAGGAGACACGUUCUGUUUCCUAGAGAUGAAUGUACUUUGGUGCGAAAAGUGCAAAUCAAUCCCAGAACAACAGCAAAGGACCUUGUGAAGAUGCUGGAGGAAACAGGUACAAAAGUAUCUAUAUCCAUAGUAAAACAAGUCCUAUAUUGACAUAACUUGAAAGGCUGCUCAGCAAGGAAGAAGCCACUGCUCAAAAACCGCCAUAAAAAAGCCAGACUACGGUUUGCAACUGCACAUGGGGACAAAGAUCGUACUUUUUGGAGAAAUGUCCUCUGGUCUGAUGAAACAAAAAUAGAACUGUUUGGCCAUAAUGACCAUUGUUAUGUUUGGAGGAAAAAGGGGAGGGCUUGCAAGCCGAAGAACACCAUCCCAACCGUGAAGCACGGGGUGGCAGCAUCAUGCUGUGGGGAUGCUUUGCUGCAGGAGGGACUGGUGCACUUCACAAAAUAGAUGGCAUCAUGAGGAAGGAAAAUUAUGUGGAUAUAUUGAAGCAACAUCUCAAGACAUCAGUCAGGAAGUUAAAGCUUGGUCGCAAAUGCCUACCUCCCGAGGGGCGCAGUGGUCUAAGGCACUGCAUCGCAGUGCUAGCUGUGCCACUAGAGAUCCUGGUUCAUAUCCAGGCUCUGUAGUAGCAGGCCGCGACCGGGAGACCCAUGGGGCAGCGCACAAUUGGCCCAGCAUCGUCCAGGGUAGGGGAGGGAAUGGCCGGCAGGGACGUAGCUCAGUUGGUAGAGCAUGGCGUUUGCAACGCCAGGGUUGUGGGUUCGAUUCCCACAGGGGGCCAGUAUGAAAAAUAAAAAAAUAAUGUAUGCACUGGAUAAGAGCGUCUGCUAAAUGACAAAAAAAAAAAAAUGGGUCUUCCAAAUGGACAAUGACCCCAAGCAUACUUACAAAGUUGUGGCAAAAUGGCUUAAGGACAACAAAGUCAAGGUAUUGGAGUGGCCAUCACAAAGCCCUGACCUCAAUCCUAUAGAAAAUGUGUAGGCAGAACUGAAAAAGCUUGUGUGAGCAAGGAGGCCUACAAACCUGACUCAGUUACACCAGCUCUGUCAGGAGGAAUGGGCCAAAAUUCACCCAGCCUAUUGUGGGAAGCUUGUGGAAGGCUACCUGAAAUGUUUAACAAUUUAAAGGCAAUGCUACCAAAUACUAGUUGAGUGUAUGUAAACUUCUGACCCACUGGGAAUGUGAUGAAAUAAAUAAAAGCUGAAAUAAAUCAUUCUGACAUUUCACAUUCUUAAAAUAAAGUGGUGAUCCUAACUGACCUAAAAUAGGGAAUUUUUACUAGGAUUAAAUGUCAGGAAUUAACAACAACAAAAAAAACAUUUUAAGUGAUGCUUGUUUACUCAAUUAUUGUGAUAAAUGUGCACUUACCUUCAAGUUGUCUCUGAACUCUUCUGAGCUCUUUCAGAAUAUAUGUGAUUUCCUGAAAUACAAAAUAGGCAUGUUACACACUGCUGUAUACCAUCUGUCUGGAAUUGGUUUAUUGCUGAUAAACUGGUGUGAUAACUUUUGAUUGUUCCUAUUAUUAUUAUUAUUAUUAUUAUUAUUAGUCAUGAUAAGGCACACUUGUAGAGUUCCUUUAUUGACCACUGCAGGUCAGUGUUGCACUGUUUUGAGUUGCACAAAGCUCUAAUGCACAUGCCAUAAAAAUGCAGAUCCAGCUCACAUGAAAAUGUUGUGCUGCAUGCAGCAGUGAAGAAACAUGAAUGUGAUUUUGAAAUGUUCUGAAAAUAUGUUGUUUUUUCUCCAGAUUUCCCAAUGCAGCACAACAUGUCUUUAUUUGAAUUCAACAGAAGGACAGGCUACCGCCUCAAGCAUGACCUCUUCUGUGGUAGUGACAAGAAGUUUGACCCCUACUGUGACAGGAUCGACACCAUCGUGGACAACACACUGACCAUCAAGGCAAUUAUUAUUAUUUAUUAUUAUUACGUUUAAUCCAAUCACACAGAGAGAGCAGCAGACAUCGGCACUAUUCAGUAUUAUUGCUUCAGGCUUUUGUGACAGGCAUUUAAAACAUCUCAUAAAAAAAUUAUAGGUCUAAAAUGUGUGAGUUCUAAUGUAGUUAUUGGACUGUUUAGUCAUUAUCAAACCACUCUGGAUCAUUAUCCAUGGUUUCACUUUGGAAGAGCUGACGCAGCUGGCUGUUUGGAUCUGGGGGCUAUUUUCCUCCCACUUGUUUUUCUGAGUAGCAUACCCUCAGGCUUUCUCUCUCUCUCUCUCUCUCUCUUUCUGUGUGUGUGUUCGUCUUGGCUGAAUAUGUCUGUCUGUUUUGUGAUAGUCUACUGUAAGUGGACAGUCAGUGUGUAUACAGGCCUGCUGCGUCUGCAGCUGUAUUUCUUCCCUUAUUUGGGUCUUUCUAUAAAUAAUGGGGCAAUGUGUGACAUUGGGAUCAAAUUUCUAAAUGGUUUGAAGCAGUUCCACAUGUGUACUUAGAGGAUUCAAAUGAAUAUAUUCAAAUUAGCCCAUAACUCCACCUAUACAACAUAGGCCUAUGACUAUACAUCCUUUAAGCAGGGUUCAUACAGACAUUUGGCAAGUCAAAUUCAUGGACUUUCAGGGACUUUUUCAAACACUUAAUUGCAAUCUUCAAGGACCUCAAUAUUAUACAAUUGUAUAAUUUAUAUAAUUGUACAUAUAGGGCCUAAUUUUGAACCCCCUCCCCCAAAAAAGCAUGCAAAAGUGUCAAGAAAGGAGGCCAUUACCACUUUAAGAAUAAUGCAUUUUUUGGGGGGUCUUGCCAAUGCAUUGAUAUUCAAAUUAUUAUUACAUUCUAAAAUAUGUGAGAAUAAUGUGGACAUUGCCUGACUAAAUAGAUUGGAUGCAUGGCUGAUUUUCUGUAGCCUAUGUGGCCGACGCAGGCACACAUAAUAAAAAAAUAUAAAAACAUUAACAAAAACAAAAAAUUACAUUGUAAAGUGGUUAUCCCACUGGCUAUAAGGUGAAUGUACCUAUUUGUAAGUCGCUCUGGAUAAGAGCGUCUGCUAAAUGACGUAAAUGUAAAAAUGUAAAUGUAUGUUAUUUCAUUACCAGAUCAUAUUGUGAAUAAGCCCACUAGGCUAAGUAAUUUGUUGUCAUUAUAUCCAGAAUAAUUAAUUGGAAAUUAAUGAGCGUUGGGUGUUGAGCAAUAGUCUAAUUGUGUCCAAUCCCAGGCUCAAAAACAUGAACUCAUUACCUUGAAGCUUUCUCUGUUAAAUCUAACGAGACCCUGCUGUAAAUCAAACAGACAACAACAAAUGAUCAACAUCAAUUAUUAGAUCCAACAUGGAUCCACGCACAACUGUUUUCACCGGCAUAACGAAUGAGACACCAAAGUAUUCUGGACAUGCCUUUCGAACACCUUUUUUCCAGCACUUGGGCUGUUGUAGCAUGGCAUGCGCUAUCACAACAGCUGUUCGUCACAUGACUAUCAUUCGAAAAGUUCCUUCCUGGAUCAGAUGAUAAUGGGGCGGCGCACAAUUGGGCGGCCCAUGGGAUCCAUGGGCGGCGCACAAUUGGUCCAGCGUUGUCCAAGGUAGGGGAGGGUUUGGCCGGCAGGGAUGUGGGUUCGUUUCCCACGGGGGGCCAGCAUGAAAAAAUAAAAAUAAAAUAAAAUAAAAAAUAACAUGUAUGCAUUCACCACCUGUAAGUCGCUCUGGAUAAGAGCUUCUGCUAAAUGACUGAAAAUGUAAAAUGUAAUGUAUGAUAUGUGAAAAUUUCAUGCAUAAUCAGCUGGACACCAAAUGCGCAUCCAACAAGUAUUAUGCAUAAUUAUUGAAAAACCACCAAAUGCGCAUCCAACAAGUAUUAUGCAUAAUUAUUGAAAAACCACGUUAAUGACAGUAUCGAUUUAGGUUUUAAGUAUCAAGGUAAGGUGACUCUUUAAGCAUUUGAUUUUGCAAUGCAUACAUUAUUUCAGAUUUCUGUGCCAAGAAAACUGUUUUCACCCCAUAACAUAAAGAGACACGAAAUGUUACCUAGUUACACUGCAUUUCUGAGAUCUCUAUACAAAAAAACUGUCUGACAGCUAGAUCCUGGAUUCUUACUGGGUUCAAGUUCAAUGUCUAAUUUAACUGAUUUAUACUUAAUAUGUGAUAUAAUAAAAAUGGACACUGCCAUAAAUGCAAGGACAGAAAGUAAAUGUUUUAUGUCACACGAUUGUGGACAAAUCUGUCAAUACACCAACCAUGAUAAAGAGUUAAACAGGUUUUAAAUCAACUCAUGAAUUUUAUUGAAUCUAGCAAUGAUCUCCCCUUAUAUCUUAAUGUAAUGACAUGAAAAUAAUUGGAAGAUUAUUAUCAAUGACUUAUCAACAGCUGUAACAAGAUGUCCAGUGUAGGAAAUCCUCAAUGGUAACCUAGUUUAUAGAAAGACCCUUUUACCAAAGGCCUACAUGUGUUUCUAAAGGUGUUAUCAUCAGUGGAGGCUGCUGAGGGGAGUACGGCUCAUAAUAAUGUCUGGAACGGCGCCAAUGGAAUGGCAUACAAAAAAAUGCUAACCAUGUGUUUCAUGUAUUUGAUACAAUUCCGCUCCAGGCAUUACCACAAGCCCGUCUUCCUCAAUUAAGGUACUACCAACCUCCUGUGUAUCAUAUAUAUUUGUUAUCAUAAUUCCUUAAAGAUCUACUCAGGCCAGUUCCUGUCAGACAAGAGUGUGAAGACAGGCGUGGAAGAAGUAUCAGACCAAGUGGUCUCCCAUAACGAACACCAUUAACCCAGUGUGGAACGAGGAACCCUUUGUUUUUGAGAAGGUAUACUCAUUCAAUUCGUUCAGUUAUCAUUUCUAUAAGCUAAUAAUUUUGCCUUGAUGAAUGCAUGUCAGAAGGGUCAAGCUUGUUGUUGUGUGGACAGAUCCUGCUGCCUGACAUGGCCUCCCUCAGGAUCGUGGUUCACGAGGAGGGCAGGAGGUUUCUGGGCCACAGGAUCAUCCCCAUUGAGGCCCUUCAGUCAGGUCUGUAUGAUAACAUGUUACAUUACCUUUCUUUUAUACCGGUGAAGUAACACUGUUAUUAAUCUAGUAACACCACAGUAUUAACAUGGUGUUGUUACAGUGUUGAGUGAUUACCGCUUUACUACACAGAUAUUAGAGCAACUUCAUGUAGUGUUACCUAUUUCUACAUGGGUUUAAACUGCACUUCUGCCCAGUCUUCCCUACAAUGAGGCUGAUUGAAGUAGACCUUGAGUCAGAAGGCUUCUGCCUGUGUCUGAUUGAUUCAUGGGGUUUUGUGCCCUGCAGGCUUCCAGCACAUCUGUCUGCGCAGCAAGAGCAACAUGCCGCUCACUCUGCCAGCUCUCUUUGUGUACAUCGAGGUCAAGGACUACAUCCCUGCUGCUUUUGCAGGUACAGUACACUUACUUUUAGUUUCUAUUUCAGAAAAGGCACCAAAUCAUUUUAAUUCACAUUUUAAUUUUCACAUUUCAGUUCGCAUGAUUGUGUAGGUAGGAUUUACACCUAUAGAUGAUGUUUUAAGAGUCAUUUAUUUGAAAGUCACUAGGGGACUGAUUUCUUCUGUAUUGUCUUGUUCUGCCUCAGAUUUCAUAGAUGCCUUAUUCAACCCAAUAAAGAAUUCUGAGAAGACAACAAAGACAACAGAGGUAAAUCAAUUCCCAGACAGAGCUCAUUGAAACACGUGAAAAUUACAUGUUUCAUUCCCAAGGUUCUCAUCCUUUCACAACAAAACAUUUCCAUAGUGAGAUGUGAAAAGGGCUUGGUUGGUUUUAUGGUGUCUUUGUUAGGGCUUUGAUGGUCUUGUGCUCUGUCCUCGCAGUCAUCAGCAGACUACGUCUCCCCAUAUGAGACGCCCCUUGUCAACAUAACACAGACUGUGGGAGAGAAGACUGCAUUUGCAGAAACAGGUAAUGAAGGCUGUUUCCUGUUGGGUAGGGCCAAGAUUUAAAUUCACUAGAGUUUGAGUGCACAGUGUGUGAAAAUACAUGCUGUUUUGUAAUUCACUGUGCUCUUUGCCUAUGCUGUUCCACUAGAGCCAGAUACUAAAGCUUCCUCUCCAGUGAAGGAAGCUGAUACUUCUGCUGGUACCCAGGAUACUCCACCUACUCCUGAAGAGGCCCCUCCAGAGCCUGAACCCAACAUGGAUUCACCUUCACCCUCAAACACUUUCAGUGUGGAGGCUGAACCUGCCCCAAUCAUUCAGUCGUCUGUUGACCCCAUCCAGAGUGUUGAGAAGGUUCCAGAGCCUGAGGCUCUCUGUGAUGCCCCUAAGGUUGACCCCGAGACUGCUCCAGCCACAGAGUUGACCCCUGACCCCAAGGUUGACUCCACUACCUGUUCAGACCCCAACAGUCACGUCGACCCCACCCCAAAUGUUGACUCCACCCUAGAUGUUACACCCGAUGUCGUCCCUACCUCUGAUCCAGAUGUUGAAUCCACCACAGGAGGUUGGUGACACCUUAAUUGGGGAGAAUGGGCUUGUGGUAAUGUCUGGAGCGGAAUCAGUGGAAUGGUAUCAAAUACAUCAAACACAUGGUGUCCAGGUGUUUGAUGCCAUUCCAUUUGCACCAUUCCAGCCAUUAUUAUGAGUCGUUCAGCCCCUCAGCAGCCUCCACUGGAUUUUUUUUGUUAUUCUGUCUCUCACUGUUCAAAUAAACCCACCAUUAAAAUUAUAGACUGAUCAUGUCUUUGUCAGUGGGCAAACGUACAAAAUCAGCAGGGGAUCAAAUACUUUUUUCCCUCACUGUAGCUCUCUCUCUCUUGCUUCUCCUUUAAAUUAAUUUGUUCAAAACUGUUCAACUAUUGUCUUUCUCUCUCUUUGAGUCAACUACUCACCACAUUUUAUGCACUGCAGUGCUAGCUAGCUGUAGCUUAUGCUUUCAGUAAUAGAUUAAUUCUCAGAUCCUUUGAUUGGGUGGACAACAUGUCAGUUCAUACUGAAAGAGCUCUGAUAGGUUGGAAGACGUCCUCCAGAAGUUGUCAUAAUUACUGUGUAAGCCUAUGGAAGGGGGUGAGAACCACGAGCCUCCUAGGUUUUGUAUUGAAGUCAAUGUACCCAGAGGAGGACGGAAACUAGCUGUCCUCCAGCUACACCAUGGUGCUACCGUACAGAGUGCUGUUGAGGCUACUGUAGACCUUCAUUGAAAAACAGUGUGUUUAAUCAAUUAUUUGGUGACGUGAAUAUAUGUAGUAUAGUUUUAUCUAAAAAUGAUAUAUUUUUUAAAUAUUUCACUAUUUUUAUUUUUAUGAAAUUCACUGAGGAGGAUGCUCCGAGGAGCCUCCACUGAAAUACAUAUAUCAGCACAUAGAAAGUAGGAACAGUGUAAAAUCUGACAACAUCCAUCCAUAGUCUCCCCUCUCCUCUUUCAGAGCCGUCCACAGUUCCCUGUGAGGACAUGAAGGAACUGGAGAAUAAGUUCCAGAAGAAAGGAGAGGAGCUCAUCCAGUAAUACAGCGACACAUUCAAAGCCCUCAAGAAGAAGAACGCCAUGAAGAAAAAAUAGUAAUGGAAUACACUCCUAGAUGUUUUUUAAGCCCUCUGGAGUUAAAGUUUUCUGACUCAACAAAUUAAUGUUUUAUUUUCAUCUCAUCCACUAGGGGGUGGUGGCAGACACACAGAAUGUAUUCAUGUUGUUUUUCUGUUGGCCAGUUUAAUUAAUGAGAAUUAUAUUUAGACUGAUAAUAAUUAGCUUCACGGAGAUUUGGAAUAUUCCUAAGCUAAUGUGUUUUUCUUGGUAGAGCAGUUAAUGAAGGGAUAAAAAUAUCCUCCAAAUGCGUCUGCUAAAUGACUAAAAUGUGAAAUGUAAGAUAUGUUUUUAAAUAGAAACAUGUAUUGCUUGUGGAAGAACACCUCUAGGCUUGUACCCAGGAUGCUUUGCUUGAGUAUUUCCUGGUCAGGUUACAUUAUCAGGAAAACCUCCUGGCCCUAAGAUCCUACUUUAUAUCAGCAUACUGCUGCUAGGAUGAAGUAACAGACCUCUAUGUGAGGCAGUGAUAUGGAGGCCUGGUAGAGCGCCAUGAGCCCUGAUAGCACCCCCGAGCCGCUGAUAGAGCCCCUUUUACAAAGAUCAUCCCAUAGAAAUAGGAAUUAGAAUACUAAAAUGGAGAUUAACCUUCUUAUGAUGGGAUAAAGGUCAAACAUUUUGGUCAGUGAGUUGUUCAUACAUGGUUUACCAGCGAUGUGAUAAGAUAUUGUGUAAAAUAAUGAAUUUGAAGAAUUUAUCUGCACUAGCUUUGUUAGCUAGCCAGCCAGUUUUAGAGGAAUGAUUCCAAUACUUUUUCAAUGAACUGCCAAUAUGCCAACAUUCCAUUCGAACAAUGCAGUCAAUCCACAGCCAUACACUGGCUGAAAUCUGUUGAUGAUAGGACUUAGACAAGUUGUAAAUGCAACAAGUACUGAUAUUGUAACAUAUAAUAGCACUCACAGCUUUCCAAGAAAACAUAAAUUGAAACAUUUAUGGUCUGUUUACAUACAUUUUAGAGGCUAUUUAUACAGAAAAUAUGUAUAAGGUUGUCAAUAAUUCUGUUACACAAUUUAUGAUAUAUCACAUGCCUUUUAUUUUCAUGCAUAAAUCAAAUAUGGAUUAUGCCUAUACAGUGAUCCCUCGCCACUUCGCGGUUCACUUAUCGCGGAUUCGCUAUUUCGCGGAUUUUCAUAAUGCAUUUUUUUUUUUUUGGUGCAUUGUGCUCUGCAUUCUGAUUCGCUAAAAACUCACUCCCGCUUCUUGUAUCAAAACAUGCUACGAAUUGUGCUAUCAUUUUGUCGUCUCGUGCAGUUAUGUGUACGUACAUAAAACAGCUUGGCAAAUUUACAUUAAGUUGGCCAAAUUAUCUUGUAAUUUCGAACAUCUCCUAAACCCAUAAUGUCGACGAAACGGCCUGGACCGACAAAAGCACCUGCGGAUGGGCCCAAACGGCGGAAGAUGCUACCUAUCUCAGAUAAAGUUAAACUUCUGGACAUGCUAAGGGAAGGUAAAUGACAAAGCCACAAAGCGACGAUGAAAGAGAAGAGGGAGAAGAGAUUUGCCUAUACUGUCAUUCAUUCCAAUUAAACUGGUUUGGAGUUCUCCCUGACCAAUAUGGCUGCCAUUUUCACCCCAUUAUGGAACUUUGAGGGUUUAUACACAGCCCCUAUAGUAAUUUCAUAGGAUCUCUAUGGAUCAUCCAUCCCCCUCUGGGUAUUACUGUAGGGAUCAGCAGUAGACUCUUGUUCCCUUCCCCAUGUCAUGUCUAGAACCUGGUCUCUGAUGGGGUGACUGUGUCCCCCAGGAGAGGAGGUGAGAUGGCAGAGCCCGUCCCCAGGGAGGAGAGGGUGACGGAGCAGAAGGAGAGGCUGCAGGUGGAUCUCAGAGCUCUGUGGGUGGAGCAGUGUGAUCAGCUGAAGAAGAGGUACAAUAAAGGACAGACAAACUCUAACUGCCAGAGUCAAUUCGAUAUUAAGGAUAUUAUUGAUAGUUCUUUGCAUAAACAUAAUGUAUCUCUUAUUCAAGGAUAUCUUUAUUUUUACAUUGCAUCUAUGUACUGGAUAAGUAGUUGAGGUAAGAUGUGUUUAUUUAAAGACAACAGUGUGUAAUAAACUUACAACUGUGACUCUAUUCACCUCUGGUCCUGAGCACAGCACCCUAACCACUUCUCACCAUACACUACUCUUGGCCACCUGGACAAGAGGAAAACCUACGUGAGAAUGCUAUUCAUUGACUACAGCUCAGCAUUCAACACCAGAGUGCACUCAAAGCUCAUCACUAAGCUAAGGAUCCUGGGACUAAACACCUCCCUCUGCAACUGGAUCCUGGACUUCCUGACGGGCCGCCCCCAGGUGGUAAGGGUAGGUAAAAACACAUCUGCCACACUGAUCCUCAACACGGGGGCCCCUCAGGGGUGCGUGCUCAGUCCCCUCCUGUACUCCCUGUUCACCCAUGACUGCAUGGCCAGGCACGACUCCAACACCAUCAUUAAGUUUGCCGACGACACAACAGUGGUAGGCCUGAUCACCGACAACGAUGAGACAGCCUAUAGGGAGGAGGUCAGAGACCUGGCCAUGUGGUGCCAGGAUAACAACCUCUCCCUCAACGUGACCAAGACAAAGGAGAUGAUUGUGGACUACAGGAAAAAAAAGAGGACUGAGCACGCCCCCAUUCUCAUCGACGGGGCUGUAGUGGAACAGGUUGAGAGCUUCAAGUUCCUUGGUGUCCACAUCACCAACAAACUAUCAUGGUCCAAACACACCAAGACAGUUGUGAAGAGGGCACGACAAAGCCUAUUCCCCCUCAGGAGACUGAAAAGAUUUGGCAUGGGUCCUCAGAUCCUCAAAGAAUUCUACAGCUGCACCAUCGAGAGCAUCCUGACUGGUUGCAUCACCGCCUGGUAUGGCAACUGCUUGGCCUCCGACCAUAAGGCACUACAGAAGGUAGUGCGUACGGCCCAGUACAUCACUGGGACCAAGCUUCCUGCCAUCCAGGACCUCUAUACCAGGCGGUGUCAGAGGAAGGCCCUCAAAAUUGUCAAAGACUCCAGCCACCCUAGUCAUAGACUGUUCUAUCUGCUACCGCACGGCAAGCGGUACCGGAGUGCCAAGUCUAGGUCCAAAAGACUUCUCAACAGCUUCUACCCCCAAGCCAUAAGACUCCUAAACAGCUAAUCAUGGCUACCCGGACUAUUUGCACUGCCCCCCCCCACCCCAUCUUUUUACGCUGCUGCUACUCUGUAAAUUAUUUAUGCAUAGUCACUUUAACUCUACCCACAUGUACAUAUUACUUCAACUACCUCAACUAGCCGGUACCCCCGCACAUUGACUCUGCACCGGUAACCCCCUGUAUAUAUAGCCUCCCUACUGUUAUUUUAUUUUACUUCUGCUCUUUUUUUCUCAACACUUUUUUGUUUUAUUCUACUUUUUUAUUAAAAAUAAAUGCACUGUUGGUUAAGGGCUGUAAGUAAGCAUUUCACUGUAAUGUCUGCACCUGUUGUAUUCGGCGCAUGUGGCCAAUACAAUUUGAUUUGAUUUGAUUUGGCUCUGUUCACCACACCUAUCGAUUUCCUCAGGACUCACCCAAAACUGGGACUCAUUCCCACGUGCAGAGCCCCACCAUGCACCUAACCUCAAGAGUGAAUCUCACCUCAUGCCUUCAGCUGAUGGCUGGGAGCCAGGCCUGUAGCACAGUAUUGAUUAUCCAUCACAACCAGGUGCUCUUAGCAUAAGCUCUGGAUCUGCAUCAGAUAGAGGUCAAUCAGGUAAUUUUCUCUGGGUUGUGACCUCACUGCUCAGGGAAUAAACCCCCCUGGACUGGAAGGCCAAUCGAGCUAGCAUCUCAUAGUCAGGUCUCAGUCAGUCACAGUCAGAAUCAGUUUCAGUCAGAGUGCAUGCAAAUGCAUGGCAAAGGUUGUGUUACAGUAGUUUUAUUUAUUUAUCUAUCUAUCUAUAUAUGAAGUUUUACAGCACAUACCGCAUGCUGUUUAUCAGAUCUCUAACACAUUUCAGUGGAGACUUCCACUAGGUCUGUUUUGCACUUGGUAGAGCUGCCGCUCUGUUACUGAUACUUCCUGUUGCCUGUUUCCUGUGUGACUGACAGCGACUAGCCAAGCUGUUGGAGAUGGCCACGGAGAGACACAUCAUUGAACUCAAUGCUUGGAGAGGUGGGCCAACACACAUCACAGUAGCCUACCUAUAAUAUGCAAGACCUGUGUGUGUCUGUAUAAAGCACAUGUGUGUUAGACAGGGAAAGUAUUUGACCUUUUGCAAAGACAAUAACUGAAGUAAUAGAUGAGUCAGCCAUCCAUGCAGGUUAUUCAAGGUCCUCGGCCAGCUUAUGGUGGUCUGUAGUGUGGGUGCAGGUGUUAGAGUGUAUUUUUUUUUGGUGUAUGUGUGAAUGAAGGAGUCAGGCGCAGGAGGUAAAAUACAGAAGUCCAGAGUUUAUUCCGUUUACAUAAAUCAAAUGCCCAAAGCGUAAAACGAAACUAUUACAAGGGGAAACAUCCACCUUGGCAUAAACACAGUGAAUUGUAGCUCAACCGAGCUACACGCUCUCACAACAAACAAUCACUCACAAAGACAAGGGGAACAGAGGGAACACUUAUACACAUAUUAAUUAGGGGAAUGAGCACCAGGUGUGUGUGAUUGACAAGACAUGACAAGUGGAGUGAUGAGAAUGGGAUCGGCAGUAGCUAGUACUCCGGUGACGACGAAUGCCAAAGCCUGCCCGACCCGAGAAGGGGGGGGGCAGCCUCGGCGGAAGUUGUGACCCCCCCCCCCCCCCCCCCCCGACGCGCGGCUCCAGCAGUGCGCCGACCCCGGCCUCAGGGACGGCCAGGAGGACGCGGAGCAGGGCGAGUCGGAUGGCGACGGUGGAAAUCCCUCAACAGGGAGGGAUCGAGGAUGUCCCGCCUUGGGAUCCAGCACCGUUCCUCCGGACCGUACCUCUCCCACUCCACGAGAUACUGAAGGCCCCACACCCGACGCCUCGAAUCCAGGAUGGAACGGACCGAGUAUGCCGGGGCCCCCUCAAUGUCCAGAGGAGGUGGAGGAAGCUCCCGCACCUCAUACUCCUGGAGCGGACCAGCUACCACCGGCCUGAGGAGAGACACAUGAAACGAGGGGUUAAUACGGUAAUCGGAGGGAGUAACAAACGGUAUGUCACCUCGUUUAUUCUCCUCAGGACUUUAAAUGGCCCCACAAACCGCGGGCUCAGCUUCCGGCGGGGCAGGCGGAGGGGCAGAUUCCGGGUCAAGAGCCAGACCCGAUCCCCCAGUACGAACACCGGGGUCUCCCUGCGGUGGCGGUCAGCGUUGGCCUUCUGACGACGCCCGGCGCGCUGGAGGCGAACGUGGGCAGCGUCCCAAGUCUCCUCCACGCGCCAAAACUAGUCAUCCACUGCAGGAGCCUCGGUCUGGCUCUGGUGCCAUGGUGCCAGGACCGGUUGGUAACCUACAGUGGGGAAAAAAAGUAUUUAGUCAGCCACCAAUUGUGCAAGUUCUCCCACUUAAAAAGAUGAGAGAGGCCUGUAAUUUUCAUCAUAGGUACACGUCAACUAUUACAGACAAAAUGAGAAAAGAAAAUCCAGUAAAUCACAUUGUAGGAUUUUUAUGAAUUUAUUUGCAAAUUAUGGUGGAAAAUAAGUAUUUGGUCAAUAACAAAAGUUUCUCAAUACUUUGUUAUAUACCCUUUGUUGGCAAUGACACAUGUCAAACGUUUUCUGUAAGUCUUCACAAGGUUUUCACACACUGUUGCUGGUAUUUUGGCCCAUUCCUCCAUGCAGAUCUCCUCUAGAGCAGUGAUGUUUUGGGGCUGUCGCUGGGCAACACGGACUUUCAACUCCCUCCAAAGAUUUUCUAUGGGGUUGAGAUCUGGAGACUGGCUAGGCCACUCCAGGACCUUGAAAUGCUUCUUACGAAGCCACUCCUUCGUUGCCCGGGCGGUGUGUUUGGGAUCAUUGUCAUGCUGAAAGACCCAGCCACGUUUCAUCUUCAAUGCCCUUGCUGAUGGAAGGAGGUUUUCACUCAAAAUCUCACGAUACAUGGCCCCAUUCAUUCUUUCCUUUACACGGAUCAGUCGUCCUGGUCCCUUUGCAGAAAAACAGCCCCAAAGCAUGAUGUUUCCACCCCCAUGCUUCACAGUAGGUAUGGUGUUCUUUGGAUGCAACUCAGCAUUCUUUGUCCUCCAAACACGACGAGUUGAGUUUUUACCAAAAAGUUCUAUUUUGGUUUCAUCUGACCAUAUGACAUUCUCCCAAUCCUCUUCUGGAUCAUCCAAAUGCACUCUAGCAAACUUCAGACGGGCCUGGACAUGUACUGGCUUAAGCAGGGGGACACGUCUGGCACUGCAGGAUUUGAGUCCCUGGCGGCGUAGUGUGUUACUGAUGGUAGGCUUUGUUACUUUGGUCCCAGCUCUCUGCAGGUCAUUCACUAGGUCCCCCCGUGUGGUUCUGGGAUUUUUGCUCACCGUUCUUGUGAUCAUUUUGACCCCACGGGGUGAGAUCUUGCGUGGAGCCCCAGAUCGAGGGAGAUUAUCAGUGGUCUUGUAUGUCUUCCAUUUCCUAAUAAUUGCUCCCACAGUUGAUUUCUUCAAACCAAGCUGCUUACCUAUUGCAGAUUCAGUCUUCCCAGCCUGGUGCAGGUCUACAAUUUUGUUUCUGGUGUCCUUUGACAGCUCUUUGAUCUUGGCCAUAGUGGAGUUUGGAGUGUGACUGUUUGAGGUUGUGGACAGGUGUAUUUUAUACUGAUAACAAGUUCAAACAGGUGCCAAUAAUACAGGUAACGAAUGGAGGACAGAGGAGCCUCUUAAAGAAGAAGUUACAGGUCUGUGAGAGCCAGAAAUCUUGCUUGUUUGUAGGUGACCAAAUACUUAUUUUCCACCAUAAUUUGCAAAUAAAUUCAUAAAAACUCCUACAAAUGUGAUUUUCAGGAUUUUUUUUCUCAAUUUGUCUGUCAUAGUUGACGUGUACCUAUGAUGGAAAUUACAGGCCUCUCUCAUCUUUUUAAGUGGGAGAACUUGCACAAUUGGUGGCUGACUAAAUACUUUUUUUCCCCUCUGUAAAACACAUUGGAAGGGUGUUAGGUUAGUGGAGGAGUGGCGGAGAGAGUUCUGAGCAUAUUCUGCCCAUGGCAGGAACACCGACCACUCCCCCGGGCCGGUCCUGACAUUAGGUCCGCAGGAACCUACCCACAUCUUGAUUCACCCUUUCCACCUGCCCAUUACUCUAGGGGUGAAAUCCAGAGGAAAUUUCAUGAACGCCUUCCAGACUCUAGACGUGAACUGGGGACCUCGGUCGGACACUAUAUCCUCUGGUACCCCGUAGUGCUGGAAGACGUGAGUAAACAGAGCCUCCGCCGUUUGUAGGGCCGUGGGGAGACCAGUCAGAGGAAGGAGGCGGCAGGACUUUGAAAAGCGGUCCACAACGACCAGGAUAGUGGUGUUACCUUGGGAGGGGGGAAGAUCAGUGAGAAAAUCAAUACUCAGGUGAAACCAUGGUCGUUGUGGAACUGGUAAAGGUUGUAGCUUACCCGCUGGGAGGUGCCUAGGUGCCUUACUCUGGGCGCACACUGAGCAUGAGGAAACAUACACCCUCACGUCCUUAGCCAAGGUAGGCCACCAGUACUUCUCGGUCAGGCAGCGCAUUGUACGACCGAUACCUGGAUGACCAGAGGAGGGUGAUGUGUGUGCCCAGUAGAUCAGACGAUCACGGAUAAGCGCAGGCACGUACUGCAGCCCAGCUGGACACUGCGGUGGAGAUGGAUCUGUGCGUAAUGCCUGCGCUAUAUCUGCGUCCAUUGCCCAUACUACCGGCGCCACAAUGCAUGAGGCCGGGAGUAUGGGGGUGUUGUCUCUGGGCCUCUCCUCUGUGUCGUAUGGCCGAGACAGUGUGUCUGCCUUCACGUUCUUCGUACCCGGAAUGUAUGAGAGUGUGAAAUCAAACCGGGUGAAGAAGAGGGCCCACCUGGCCUGGCGAGGAUUCAGCCUCCUCGCUGCCCGAAUGUACUCCAGGUUACGGUGGUCUGUCCAGACGAGGAAAGGGUGUUUCGCCCCUUCGAGCCAAUGUCUCCACACCGUUAAAGCUCGGACAACAGCCAACAGCUCCCGAUCACCAACGCUGUAGUUCUGCUCUGUCGAGCUGAGCUUCUUAGAAAAGACGGCACAGGGGUGGAGCUUGGGUGGCGUGCCCGAGCGUUGGGAUAAGACAGCUCCUAUCCCUACCUCGGAUGCAUCCACCUCCACUACGAAGGGUAGUGAUGGAUCGGGGUGAGCCAGUACCGGUACAGGUGAACAGACCCCGCAAUCUACUGAAGGCCAAAUCAGCCUCAGCAGACCAGCGGAGCCGGGACGGCCCACCCUUCAACAAGGAGGUAAUGGGAGCUGCGACCUUGCCAAAGCCCCAAAUAAACCUUUGAUAGUAGUUGGCAAAGCCAAGGAAGCGCUGCACCUCCUUUACCGUGGUUGGAGUCGGCCAAUUACGCACGGCGCACCACCUGUGGUGGUAAUGCGAUAUCCGAGGAAGGAGAUUGACUGCUGGAAAAACUCACACUUCUCUGCCUUGGCAUAAAGAUCAUUUUCCAGCAGUCGGACCAGUACCUUGCAAACCAGGGACACAUGCUUGGCGCAGGUAGCGGAAUACACCAGGAUGUCAUCGAUGUAGACCACCACACAGUGACCAAGCAUGUCCCGAAACACCUCGUUCACAAAGGACUGGAAAAUGGAUGGAGCAUUCAUCAAACCGUAGGGCAUCACCAGGUAUUCAUAAUGCCCCGAGGUUGUGCUGAAUGCUGUUUUCCACUCAUACCCUUCCCGACUACGCACCAGGUGAAGUGUAGGGACGUAUAUACCCCUGGCGCAGGGACUCGGUGACGUAUGUUUCCAUAGCCUCUGUUUCAGCCUGCGACAGGGGAUACACAUGACUCCUGGGAGGUACAGCGUCUACCCGAAGGUUUAUCGCGCAAUCCCCCUCCCGAUGAGGUGGUAAUUUAGUCGCUUGGAAAACGCGAGCGCCAGAUCAUGGUAUUCGGGGGGAAUGCGCAUGGUGGGGGUACCGUCUGGACUUUCCACCGUGGUCGCACCAACGGAAACACCUAGACACCUACCCGGACACUCACGCGACCACCCCGUAAGAACCCUCUGCGGCCAUGAGAAAUUGGGGUUGUGAAGGGCUAACCACGGGAUAUCCAAGACUACAGGGUAAGCAGUUGACUCAAUAAUCAUAAAGGUGAUAUGCUCAACAUGCGUCUCCUGCGUAAUCAUGGUGACUGGUACCGUAACUUCCUUAACCAACCCGGACCCUAAUGGUCGACUAUCAAGUGCUCUGAUGGGGAGUGGAAUGGUUAGGGGAACCAAUGAAAUGCCUUGAUGGCGUGCAAAUGCCCUGUCCAUAAAAUUCCCAGCUGCGCCUGAAUCGACUAGCGCCUUACACUGGGAACCUAUCAAGUGAUCGGGAAAGGAGAUAGAUAAAGUACAGUGCGCCGCAAAGGGCUCUGAACACGUUUGGGUGUUCGUUACCUGGGGUGAUGCGUGAGUACCCUGCCUACCGCCUCCAGACCCAAAAGUAUGUUGACUGAGACGUGAGGUGGAUUGUCCCUUCGUGCCACCAGAGUGGCACUGUCGCUGUCCUCCUGCGCUCUCUCGACCGGCGGCUCCCCCCAGCUACAUCUGCUCGGGGUCAGAGUCGUCCGGAGUGGGAACGGGCAGACCCCUACCAGGACGUCCUCUGGCUGCUAGCAGAUUGUCCAGCCGGAUGGCCAUGUCCACCAGUUGGGAGAACGAUAGCAUGGCAUCCCGGCAGGCUAGCUCCCGUCGGACGUCCUCCCUUAGGUGGCACCGGAAAUGGUUGAUCAGGGCCCGCUCGUUCCACCCGGACCCCGAUGCCAGCAUCCGGAACUCCAGCGCGUAGUCCUGAGCGGUCCUCGUCCCCUGCCUCAGAUGAACCAGUCGUUCACCCGCCUGAUCAAAAACGGCCCGAAAGAGGCGAGCAAACUCCCCGUAGUCCUCCAACGCAGUACCUUCCUCAUUCCACAACGCGUUGGCCCACUCCAGGGCUCUCCCACAAAGGCAGGAAACGAGGACGAAUACCUUCUCCCGCUCCCGGUGCGCUGGCCUGAUGCUGGAGAAAUACAACUCCAGUUGGAGUAGGAAUCCCUUACAUCGCGCUGCCGUCCCAUCAAACGUCGGUGGCCGGGAUAUCUGGAUCCCUCCAGGGACUGGGGUGUAGGUGGCUGGAUCCGGUUGACCAGCUGGUCUCGAUAGAUCGGAUCCUCUCCUCUCCAGGCGUUGUACCACCUGAAGAACCCGAUCCAUCGCUUCCCCCAAGCUGGCCAACAUCGAGGAAUGCUCCUGGACCCUUGCCACAACUCCAGGCAUGCGGUCUUCUCCUGCUGACUCCAUAUCAGAUCAGGUGAGUGAUUCUGUGACGAGGUGUGAAUGAAGGAGUCAGGCGCAGGAGGUAAAAUACCAAAGUCCAGAGUUUAUUCCGUUUACAUAAAUCAAACGCCCAAAGCGUCAAACAAAAUUAUUACAAGGGAAAACAUCCACCUUGGCAUAAACACAGUGAAUAGUAGCUCAACCGAGCUAUACGCUCUCACAACAAACAAUCACUCACAAAGACAAGGGGAACAGAGGGAACACUUAUGCACAUACUAAUUAGGGGAAUGAGCACCAGGUGUGUGUGAUUGACAAGACAUGACAAGUGGAGUGAUGAGAAUGGGAUCGGCAGUAGCGUGUACUCCAAUGACGACGAACGCCGAAGCCUGCCUGAACCAGGAGGGGGGCAGCCUCGGCGGAAGUUGUGACAGUAUGAGAGAGAGAAAGACUGUGCAUAUAUAUAUCUGUGUGUGUGUGUGUGUGUGUGUGCGUGCGUGUGUGUGUAUAUAUGUGUAUAUGAGACAGGGUGUGUGUGUGAGUAUUAUCCAGUGUCCCCAGCUGGCAGAUGGUUAUCCAAGGCCAGCCAUUAGCCACCAGGUGUUCAGACAGCAGUAUGAGGGAUAAGACAACUUCUGUUUUUACUCAUCAAACAGAUACGGGACCCCUUUAUUUACCCCUUUCACUUACAAAAUAUGAACUGGAACAAGGUCAUACAGCCUGACUGCAUAAGAUGUUUUUUGAAUGGUAGUUUUCAUGUAAUGGGAUGAGUGAGGCUUUCACUUAAAUGGCCUCAAAAUCAGACCCAGUGAUGUGUGUUCUCUGUUUCCUCCCCAAGUGAAUCCAAGUAGACAAAGAAGAAAGGGCAGUCAAAGUGCUCAGGUUCAGACAAGGCAAGGUGAGCUGAAUGUGUGCUUAUGGAAUCACAUAAAAGACCACUCAUUCAACUCAAUGAUUCUCUCGUUGUUUGAUGUACUAGUACUGUACAAACAGUACAGAGCUCAUGUAUUCAGAGCUUUAAAUGCAGGUUGGAAAGCAAAACUGUUUGCACGAGGCAGAGUGCUGCUGUGUUCUGAGUUGGACCAACUUCGUCUUAGACAUAGACUACAUAGUUUCAUGGUAACUUAAUCAAUUCAAUAUUUUUUUUAAAUAUAUACUUAGGCUGAAAAGGGCAAUGAGCGUGGACCUGGCUGAGGAGUCUGCCAAGACUGAUACAGUGGCAAGAGUUAAAAUAGAACCUGCUAUUACAGAUUAUAAUUAUAGAUGUCUCAGGUCUAUUACUUUAAUAGCAACACCUGGAUGUACACGUGUCUAACUUUUGCAGUGCUUUCCACAUCCAUAUAGAGAAAUUCACAUGGUUUUCAUUAUCAUUUGUCCAUCUACUGUGGUAGACAGGGGGAGUAACUAUGGUUACACUGAAUGAAAGAGCUUUUCCAGAAGUGUACUGUACACAAUAGUGUCUGAUUCAUUCACAUGACCACCCUCUCUGUUCACACACACACUCACACAUGCAUGCACAGUCACCAGCACUUCACGUCUACUGUACUCUGCUACUUUCACACCAGUUCAGUCUAGUUGAUCUGAACACCUCAAUAAAGAAGGGUUUAAUAGCAGAUUUUAUUAAAUAUUUUGCUCUUUCAUACAUUUCUGAGAGGGGUUAUAAUGUGAUAACUUAUUUGGUCAACACAACUUGUAGCUGAUGUUCCACAUCUUAAAGACCACUUGAUGGAAUUGGACAAGUCUAAUCUAUUGUGACCCUACAGCAUUGAUCUCCUCUCAGGUUGCACCUCCUGAGUGUACUGUACCAGACAUCUCACACUGUCUCUCACUCUCUCCUCAUCUACUUUGUAACACGUAGAGUAACGUCACCAGAUUAACUGUUUACAGACAUACUCAUUCCCCAUACUUCAUGUCCUUCAAGCGUUCACACUUGCUUGGGACACACACAGCCAGCCAUACAAAGUCUCUGCUCACAUUGCCACCUGUUGGUACUGUAGUCUACAGACAGCAGUCCUCAGCAGGAUGCUCAGGUCAAGAGACAAACGGCCACACUGGACAAGAUCAAAGGCCUGGCCAAUCAGGUGCUGUAAACAAACACGCUCGCACACACACAUCAAUUAUUUUAAUUACUUUCACAUACAUUUCAAAGUAAGUAUUCAUAUGUUUUUUGUUUGAAAAUACAAGUAGUUGAAUAUUGGAAUGUAUUUGGAAAUACACUUGGAAAGCAUUGGCAUGUACAGUAUUUGAAAAUAUUCAAAUACACAGAGCAUUUUCAAAUACAAAUAAAUACUCCCAUGCAUUUGAACCCAGGUCCUAGGAGUAUUUGAAAUGUUUUUGGAAAUAAUUAUUUGAAAAUAUUUUCAAAUACUUAUAAUAGAAGUAGUUGAUUCUGGCCAUAUAUUUGAAAAUACUCAAAUACACAGAAAGUAAGUAUUUAAAUAAUCAAAUACACAUGUAUAUGAACCCUGGUCUGACACACACGCACAUUCACAUACACACACCUGUCCACACGUCCGUACGCAUGUAUGGGUAGAUAGUGCCGGUUGUCGUAAAUGUUACAACAGAAUGGCCAUCCAGGCCUUGGCCAUCCAAUACGCAAAUGAGCUAACACAUGUAAUGACGCAUGAUGCAUACAGUUCAAUCUUAAGCAUGUACAGAUCCUAUAUGCCUACUGGUAGACAAAUUACAAAUGUGGAAAUCUAGCUUGUGUUCCAACAUGUGCUAGAUACAGUAUGGUUCCGAUGCUGACGUGUGAACAUCAUAUGGAAUAUUUUAUUUGAUGAAUGUAUAGGCUACACAAUAGAUUUUCCAGUUGACCAUGCUUCCAAACUUAAAUAUCAUUCAGACCUGAAGGCAGGGAUGCAGAGGUCAUCCACCUUGCCCUUUGGAUAACAUAUACAUCUAUAAGGGUUAAUUAUAUAAUGCAAAUAGAGGCCUAUUCAGCUCUCACCAACUCACCCUCUCUGACCUCUCACCUCCACCUGUCUGCAGCUCAAUCAGGAGGCCCUGGCGGAGCACGAGAGGAAGAUGAGGUCACUUCCUGAUUAUCUGUGGGAGGCUGUGAACGUCUGUGUGGGGGCCCACUUCCCUGAGCAGGUAGACCAGGCUGGAGAGAAGCAGCAAGACGGGGUGGGCUUCUAUGUGGUUGACAUGCUCCUGGACCUAUCUCCCCUCCUUCCUCUUCCUCAGCAAUAG